GCAGCUUCGGGAGUUGGGAUUGCAUGGUGGUGGUGGUGGUGGCGGCUGUCGGGGGAAUUUGGGGAGCCGGAGGUCGUCGUCGUCGUCGUCGUCUGUGGUGGCGAUGGGGGAGUGUGCGGCGCUGGGGUCGGGGCGAGAUGUGACAUUGCUCGACGCAAGCUCGUCGGCGGAUCGCUCCUCUUCCGGCUCGGCCGCAGCUCGAAGCUCUGUGGCCACCAGUCGAUUCUCGGCGGCAGUCGAUCGUUGCCGUUGUUGCGACUGGAGCCUCGGAUUCGACGGAUCGACAGAAAUGUAGCGGCGGAUGAGUGCCUGAUGACUGCCAGAAUCGAUUGCUUCAAUCGAUUCCACCGAUCUGCGGUUAGAGACGACGACGAGGAAGAAAUCGGUGCCCCCGAUUGAUGCCCUCCACGGGCUCGUCGUGAUGUGAGCUCUCCCCACUCCGGCCGCGAAGAAUCGCCCCUGACGAUUUGUGGCACUGCGAAUUGCGAAUCGAUCCGAAAGCGGCAGCGAUCGGAUUACGAGGCUAUGGAGUGAAUGCGGUCGAGUCUGCAGGGUCGGGGCUGCGCCGGACGAGGGUUCGGGAGCUGAUGGUGGCAAUGGGUCGAGGGGAGGGGAGGGCGGCGCUUGCGAUCUUUCUUUCUUCCGACCUUGGAGUCGAGCGGGGCGGAGGGCGGAUGGAGAGCGAGAGCGAGGCGAGCAGCUCGCAAUGUGCGGGAAUUGCUGCAGCGUGCGGGGAGCCGAUGUCGUGGCAGGACGGAGAUUCAGUGCCCCACGGAUUCCUGCGGUCGAUGAUCAUCGCACUUCUCUCUCAGCCAGCGCCGACGUGCUUUCUUGACGACUGAAUCGAAAGGCGCUCUGAUCGACUGACGACUGAACUGAAUCCAUGUCUCGUCAGUCGCCUCUCGCUGCUGCUCAAAUCAGGUUCGCAUCUCUUAAGGAGAUGAAUCCAGCACGAGGUUUCUCAUCAGAUCGUCGGAUCUGAUUCCAGGCAUCUCUCUCGUCCCUAGAGCACACACAUAAGAGCAGUGCAGGAGGGCUUCCACAUCCUCGAGUCAGGGGAAGCAUCGACGUCCUAUAGUAUAACAGAAGAAAAUCCCAGCGCCAGCAGCAGCGAAUCUUAGGCCUGGGAAGAUGGAGCCAACCCAAGCGUCGAUCGGAAACUUUCCUGCGGACGUGACCUCCAAAGAGCUGGCGGAGUUUUUGGAGAUGAAAGUCGGGUACGUGCUCAAGUGCAGGGUGAAGAAUGUGGCCGGCACCGAGGUCCCGCCCCAUGCAUUCGUCCACUUCGAGUCGGCAGCCGUGGCGAAUGAAGCUUGCAAAAGAGCAAGUCGGAAGCGUCUGGUAUUCAGGGGGUUGCCUCUGAUCGCCCAAAUGGAAGACAGAUUGGGCAGGAGAGGAUUCAAUCCUCUGAAGAACCCAGCGAACAUCCACCUGGUGAACGUGAAGCUAGGCAUGGGUUCUCUCGUGAAACCGAGGCUCAUGCUCGUCAGCUGGGAAGGACCUCCGCAAGGACUCACCUUGCGCAUCGAGCCUGAUGUUAAAAGAAUGCGCUUCUUCUUCAGUGCGAAUCUCGAACUCAAUCGAGGUAAGAGUCAAGCAUGCGAUGUGAUGCUGAAUUUAGAGUUAGGACGGGUGAAAGUUGUAAGAGAGAUCAAGUCCGAGGCUGCAGCUUCAGACUGUGAUCUCGAGCUUCUGAUCCAGCUCUGGUCACCGCCUUCCAUCUUCUACCGCACAGCAGAGGAUGAUGUUUACGAGUACUGUCAUGGUUCAGCUCAGCUCACAGACGACGAAGAUCCAUGGACACGCUCUGUGGAUGUGAUAACUCCGGCCAAAAGCGUAGGCAGAUGUCUCGAUUACCGAAUCAGAGUGCGGGCCCGUCAGUGCACAGCCGUGAAGAAGGCACUGGCUUACUUUCAGAGCCUCGGACUCUUGGAGAAGCCUUGCUCACUGUCUGUUUCUGAUGCGGAGCGCGAAGGUCCAAAGCCGAAUCACUACUUUCUCAGUGUUCCAAUUCAGAAGGGCUUCAGUAUUCCUUUCAGUCUGAUGUUCCUGGUGAACGGGCUAGUGCACCAGAAUGUUGUGCACGAGACGGCACUGAGCCCUGAGUUCUUCCGCCUCUUGCAACCUGCAGUCACGCCCGAGCACGUCACAACUCAUGCUCUUCGUCUCAUGCUCACCUCGUCCCAAGGGAAGGUGUUCGAUCCCACCAGGCAGCUGAAGGCCAUCAUCAAUCGGGCACCGUCUGUGCUGCUCCGAUCCAUGGCCGGUUCCAAUGUGCUGGUCCGUAGGCUGAUCAUCACCCCGACUAGAGUUCUCUGCCUGCCUCCUGAGAUCGAAUGCUCCAAUCGAGUUCUGAGACAGUUCAGUGCAAUCUCGGACCGGUUCAUGCGAGUCACUUUUGUGGACGAGAAUUUCGAUAGCAUUACCCCCUCGGACUUUUCUGUACAGACCGCCCCGAUCGUGCGUACAUUGACCAAGACGCAGGGGAGGCGAUCAGCCCUCUUCUAUAGAGUUAAAAGUUUCAUGGCCCACGGAUUUUCUCUGUGUGGGCGACAGUACAUGUUCCUGGCUUUUUCAGCCAGCCAGCUGAGGGACAACUCUGCUUGGUUCUUUGCCGGGACUCCGAGAUUGGGGGUCGAUCAUAUCCGCGGCUGGAUGGGCUCCUUCCCUCGAGGUAAUGUCGCCAAGUUUGCGGCACGCAUGGGCCUGUGUUUCUCCGCCACCUUCAGCACCGAGAUAGUACCCAGGGAGCAGACUGUCACCAUAGACGACGUGAUGGCGAAUGGCUACACAUUUUCUGACGGAUGUGGGAAAAUCAGUCCCUCGUUUGCUCCCGAAGUUGCCCGCUUGUUGAACUUGGAGGAGCACCCUCCAUGUGCCUACCAGAUUCGCUAUGGUGGCCACAAGGGCGUGCUCGGAGUGUGGCCCAUAGAAGAAGGCCCCAAGUACAAGCUCGCACUCCGGGGCAGUAUGAGGAAGUUCGACUCCCAGCAUUGUCAAUUGGAGAUUGUGGCCUGGGCCAAGUUCAUUCCGAGCUAUUUGAAUCGACAGAUCAUCACUCUGCUGUCGACCCUGAAUGUACAGGACAGUGUGUUCAUCAAUCUGCAGGACACCAUGGUCGACGAUCUGAACCGCAUGAUAAAUGACCGAGAACUGGCCUACUCUGUGCUCAUGAACACGUGCCCCGGGGAGCUCUACAGCACCCCUUUGAGAAUGCUGUGCGCAGGAUUUCGGCCACAGGACGAGAUGCACCUCAGAUCGAUGCUGGUUGCGACCAGGGCAGCCCAGAUCGAUCGACUGGUACAGAAGACCAACAUCUUUGUCUCCGAUGGCAGACUGCUCAUGGGAGUUAUGGACGAAACAGGCACUCUGGAAUACGGUCAGUGCUUCAUUCGGGCCUCCAGUCCACCAAGACUAGACAUUCGAGGCAUAUAUCGACAAUCGAGCUCGGUAGUGACAGGGAGAAUCAUCAUGACCAAGAACCCGUGCUUGCAUCCGGGCGACAUCCGGGUUCUGCAGGCUGUCGAUGUGCCUGCCCUUCAUCACAUGGUGGACUGCCUGGUCUUUCCGCAGAAGGGGCCCAGGCCUCACUCCAACGAAGCCUCCGGCAGUGACUUGGAUGGAGACGUCUACUUCGUCACCUGGGACCAAAGGCUCAUCCCACCGAGUGGCGUGAGCAGCGAGCCCAUGAAUCACAAAUGCUCACCCCAAACCAUCGUCCAGAGCAUCCCACAAGAUGUUAGGAUCCAGGAAGUGAUUGAUUUCUUUGUGAAGUAUAUGCUGAACGACAAGCUGGGGAGGAUCAGCAAUGCGCAGGUGGUGCAUGCGGACAGAAGCGAUCUCGGGGCAUUGGAUGAGAAAUGCUUGAUUCUGGCCGAGCUGGCGGUCACAGCAGUGGACUAUCCGAAGACCGGAAAGCCGGCAGAGAUGCCUCCGGAGCUGGCCCCCAAAGAGUAUCCUGAUUUCCUGGGCAAGCCUGCUGCAGAAAGCUACAAAUCGCAGAAGGUUCUCGGAAUUUUGUACAGGAAGGUGGUGAACAUUCUGCCGAAGCUCGAUGCUGUGGACCCUCUGCUGCUGCGGGCCAGCACCGAUCAGUCUCAGGCAAUCCCCGAUCCCAACUACGACACGGAUCUCGAGAUCAGUGGCUUCGAGGCUUAUCUGGACGAGGCGUGGAGUUGCAAGCAGCAUUACGAUCAGAAGCUGCGGGUCAUCAUGAGCCAGUUCGGGAUCUCCGAUGAGGGCCAGGUUGCCACUGGCCGAGUGGUUCUAGGCCGCAGGCAGGGAGUAAGGGCGAACGACGUGAGAGACAAGCUCAAGCUGGAAUAUCUAGCACUCCAGAAAGAGUUUCGCACUGUGUUCCAGAACGACCCGUCUCUGAGUCACAAAGAUCAGGAUCAGGAUCAGACUCCCGGUGAAUUGGCCCUAAUCCAGCGACGUCUUCUCGAGGCCAAAGCAUCUGCCUGGUACCAUGUAACAUAUCACCCCAAAUGGUACCACAAGGCCAAACAAUUGUUAAUUGAAACCCUCGAUGACACCCAACUCACCAAGAGGAGCAAUCUGCUCAGCUUCCCUUGGGUCGCAGUGGAGCAGCUCGUGGCCAUCAAGAGCCGGAGAAUCAAGAGCCGGAGAGCCCGAGAGUAGGAUGUAAAUACUUACAGUAGUUGCCAUGGGCUCCAAACAAUGAAGCCCCUGGAUUUUAAGCAUUGAGUUCAUGUACGAGAAUUUUGCAGAGUGCUAUACAAUCCCGGAAAGCGUUGGGAUCUGGAGAGAAGAGAAGUUACCUCGAUUCGAGUCUGUCAAAAAAGUGGUCAGGAGCAGAAUCAGAGCCAUGCGGUACUUGUCGCUGUUGUCUUCCCAAUCACGAAACGUGAAGGAAGAGGUUGUUUUUGUGUCUCGUGUGGGCCCUUUGCGCCCAUGAAAUUGAAGUUUGCGCGUUCUGG